AUGGACGCUGACAAGAUCUCGGUCCUCAAGGACCUCCUGUACGAUGCCUGCAAGGAGAAGCUCGACGGCGACGACGAGAAGGCCUACCACCAGCAGCUCUUCACCCAGGAGGACCUGCUGGGCCUCGGCGUCAUCCCCCCCAAGGACCUGCGCACCCUGGUCCAGGUCAUCCGCGAGCUGACCGAGGACUUCCUCUUCAUCACCGUCAACUCGACCCACGGCACCUCGUGGCGCCUCCGCCCCGAGGAGGAGGCCCGCAAGUACGUCGGCCUGACCACGGAGCAGAUCAUCAUCUACACCCUCAUCGACAAUGCCGGCCACGAGGGCAUCUGGCAGCAGGACAUGCGCCGCAAGACGGGCAUGCGCGAGCAGACCCUCAAGAAGGUCCUCAAGGAGCUCGAGAGCCAGAAGAAGCUCAUCACCAGCUUCACCUCGGUCCACCACGUCACCCACCGCUGCUACAUCAAGGCCAGCAUCAAGCCCAGCGACAAGGUCACCGGGGGGCCGUGGUUCGCCGACGGCGACCUGGACGAGUCCUUCAUCGAGAUCCUGCUGUCCGUCACCUACGCCUUCAUCAAGGAGAAGGGCUCCUACCACAGCCGGAGCGGCAGCGGCGUCAGGAGCGCCAGCAGCAGCCCCGUCCUCCCCAAGAAGGUGCUCAAUGGCAGCCACAGCGACGCCGCCAUGGCGGCCCGGGGCAAGAAGCGCUCCGCCGACGCCAUGGCGCCCGACGAGGACCCGACCCUGGACGACCCGGCCAAGCCUAGGAAGCGCCCGGCCCAGCCCGUCCUGCUCCCCAUGCCGGCCGGCUUCAAGCACUACCUCACGCUGCCCGAGAUCACGCAGGCGCUCGCCAAGUCCGGCGUCACCAAGGGCAUCCCCCUCAAGGAGGCCGACAUCCAGCAGCUGGUCGACGUGCUGAUCUACGACAACCGGCUCGAGGAGGUCAAGGUCGGCAAGCGCGUCGGCUACCGCAUCACGCGCCCGACCAAGGCCAACCCGGAGAAGGGCGCCAAGAUAGACAACGACUUCCUCGAGCCCCCGAGCAACGCCCUCACCACGGCCCCGUGCGGGAGAUGCCCCGUCUUUGACCUCUGCGAGGAGGGCGGCCCGGUCUGGGCGGGAGGCUGCGAGUACUUUGACCAAUGGCUCAUCUAG